AUGGGCAGUAUAAAUAAUGUAACUGCGCUUAUCAUCACUGGCCUUUUUCAGGAUCCAGAGGUGCAGAAGGUGUGUUUUGUACUGUUCCUCCCUGUGUACCUGGCCACAGUGCUGGGCAAUGGCCUCAUUGUUGUGACAGUCAACAUCAGUAAGAGUCUGCGUUCCCCUAUGUACUUCUUCCUCAGCUACUUGUCCCUGGUGGAGAUAUGCUACUCCUCUACUGUUGUCCCUAAGUUCAUCAGUGAUUUACUUGCCAAAGUUAAAACCAUCUCCUUCAAGGGCUGUCUGGCUCAAAUUUUCUUCUUCCAUUUCUUUGGGGUCACUGAAAUCCUCUUGCUUACAGUGAUGGCCUAUGACCGCUAUGUGGCCAUCUGCAAACCUCUUUAUUACACAACCAUCAUGAGUAGGACCGUGUGUCACCAUCUGGUGGCUGGUUCCUGGGUAGGGGGCUUUUUUCAUUCCAUAAUUCAGAUUUUCAUCACUAUCCCCUUGCCCUUUUGUGGUCCCAAUGUGAUUGACCACUACUUCUGUGACCUCCAUCCCUUAUUCAAGCUGGCCUGUACUGAUACCUUUGUGGUUGGGGUUAUUAUGUUUGUUAACAGUGGAUUAUUCUCUGUCUUUUCCUUCCUUUUCUUGGUGUCCUCUUAUGUUGUUAUCUUGUUCAACUUGAGAAAUCAUUCUGCUGAGGGAAGGCGGAAGGCCCUAUCUACCUGUGCCUCUCACAUCAUGGUGGUUGUCUUGUUCUUUGGACCUGCCAUCUUCCUCUACUUGAGACCUGCCUCCACCUACACUGAAGAUAAACUCGUGGCUGUGUUCUACACAGUCAUCACCCCCAUGCUGAACCCAAUCAUCUACACACUCAGGAACGCAGAGGUGAAAAAUGCUGUGAAGAAGUUAUGGGGCAAAAAAGUGAACUCAAGUCUAGAAUAA